AUGAUUGGACAAGCUAUCAUUUUCAUUGGUUGUGGGAGUCUCUGUUUUCUAACAGAAAGCAAAGCCGUUAAUACUGGACUUACACCAAGUAUUCUUGCUAGUUUUGAAAACCCAAUAAAGAAAUGUGGUAUUGAAACUUUGUUGUUUUACCAAAAGAUGUUCCACAUUGAUGACGUUGACGAUGAUGAUGUAGUAGAAUAUGACGAUUUAGUCUCUGAAAUUCAAAGAUCUGAUUCUAAUAAUGAUGGUAUUUGGACGUAUGAAGAAGCACUGACAGACGUCGACUAUGAAAACGUCACGGAAGAGCACUUUCAGUCAUAUGACCACAACGGAGACGGUCAUAUUUCAAUUCAAGAUGCCCGGCUUGUCUUCGAGUUACUACCAGGAACUGGAAAUGACCUUAAUUUGGAGGAUUUCCUGUUUAUCCAAGCUACACUAGAAGACAAAUCACAGGGACCAGAAAUAGAUAUUAAAGCCUUUGUCCAUGCCGUGAAAGAUUUUAGAAUCAUCGAUAUGGAUGACGAUUUCAUUUUGACGAGGAAGGAAUUUAGAAUGAGAUUCAAAAGCGCUGAUAGGAAUAAAGACGGGCAGUUGACGAGAUCAGAAAUAAGAAAUCUUUUUCCAAUGAGAAGCACCCCUCCACCAAAUAUCUGUGGAAAUUGGAAUGUCGGCUGCUCACAAGAUGACGCCAUGGCGUUAUUUGAUUCAGCAGAUACGGAAAACAGGUCGCAACUUUCUGUUGAUGAAUAUAUUCGACAUUUCGGUCCCUUGGUUAAAAUUUAA